GCGUCUCGAAAGGGGUACUAUAUAAAGGCAAAGAGAGGAGUAGGAUUGGCAAACAAAUCGAAGGCAAAAGUUUGGUGGAAUCAACUUUGCAUUCUUGGCAACGACAGUCCACGCAAAGAAUACGAGGCUUGGCCUAUAAGAACUCGAAAAUUCUCGGUGGCACUAUAAGCAUCACAACCCUUGCGUGAGCACUUCAAACUUGAGGUUGAUUUGCACCCAGUAUCAAUGGCUGAGAAUGGUAGUAUACACCCACCCCAGAGCAAGUGGAGUCUGUGGAGAAUGCCAGUUUUCAUUUUCUUCAAAGAUGCAAGGCUUAUUUUCAAAAUGGAUCCACUUGGCCUGGAGAUACUAAGGAUCGCAUUCCCUGCUGCACUGGCCUUAGCUGCUGAUCCAAUCGCUUCUCUGAUUGACACUGCAUUCGUUGGCCGUAUAGGACCGGUGGAGCUAGCUGCUGUUGGAGUUUCCAUCGCUAUAUUCAAUCAAGCAUCAAGGAUUACCAUUUUCCCGCUGGUUAGCAUAACAACUUCUUUUGUUGCUGAAGAAGAUACUCUAGGAAAAAUUAGCCCUGAAGCGGAAAAAUGUGAGGAUUUGGAAAAGAGUGGACAUAAGGACAAUGAAAUGAAAGAGUUAAUGCCAGAAGAUGUUGCGGCUGAGAACUUGGAAAAAGGGGCAGCUACAAAUACUGAUACGAAGGAGCCAGAGGAUGGUUCAAACACAAGUACUUGUAAGUCGUCCUCUGCAACUGCUAGCAGAGCUGAAAAUACUGAAGUGAAAAAGGGGAAAAGACAUAUCCCUUCUGCAUCAACAGCACUAAUUCUUGGUUCUAUGCUUGGUCUCCUGCAAGCUAUAUUCCUUGUAUUUGGGGCAAAAAUUCUCCUGGGUGUUAUGGGUGUGAAACCUGGUUCCCCUAUGCUAAAGCCAGCACUUAAAUACUUGACUUUGAGAUCACUAGGCGCUCCUGCAGUUCUUCUCUCCUUGGCCAUGCAAGGGGUUUUCCGAGGAUUUAAGGAUACAAAAACACCUUUAUAUGCUACUGUUGCAGGAGACCUAACAAACAUCAUUUUAGACCCAAUAUUUAUCUUUGUCUUACGACUAGGAGUCAGUGGUGCAGCCAUUGCACAUGUCCUUUCUCAGUAUUUGAUUACGGUGAUCCUCUUAUGGCAAUUGAUGAAACUAGUUAAUCUUUUACCUCCAAGUCUCAAAGACCUGCAAUUUGGCCGAUUUCUUAAAAAUGGUUUUCUGUUAUUAGCAAGAGUAAUAGCGGUCACAUUCUGCGUGACAUUGGCAGCAUCAAUGGCUGCUCGGCUUGGUUCAACACCUAUGGCAGCAUUUCAGAUCUGCUUGCAGGUCUGGUUGACAUCAUCUCUUCUUGCUGAUGGUUUAGCUGUUGCUGGACAGGCAAUUCUUGCUUGUGCAUUUGCUGAGAAGGACUACAAGAAGGUGACAGCUACAGCAACUCGGGUAUUGCAGAUGAGUUUUGUCCUUGGUGUGGGGCUUGCAGUUGUUGUUGGAGUUGGUUUAUACUAUGGAUCAGGAAUCUUUUCCAAAGAUGCUAGCGUUCUGCACCUCAUAAGUAUAGGAGUACCGUUUGUAGCAGCCACACAGCCAAUCAACUCAUUAGCUUUCGUCUUUGAUGGUGUGAACUUUGGAGCAUCUGACUUUGCAUUCACAGCUUACUCCAUGGUAUUAGUAGCUGGAGGGAGCAUUGCAUCAAUACUCCUUCUCUCCAGAAGCAACGGUUAUAUAGGAAUCUGGGUUGCUUUAACCAUUUACAUGGCUCUCCGCACCUUUGCUGGCGCUUGGAGGAUGGGCACUGGAACUGGACCUUGGAAAUUCCUAACAAGUCGAUCCAUGCAGUAGGAUUUGGAACUCCAAGAAAGCUACGACCCAAGGAGAAAGUCAUUACUGUUGUUUGCUUACAGUUUCUGUUUGUGCAAGCCUAUUGCUCUCAUGUUGUUUGAAUUGGUGGUGAUACGUUUCUUACCACUUUUUUGGUUUAACUUUUUAGUUUCUUACUUACCCCAUUUUAGAAGGGCACAAUAGUUCGGAUGUAAACCUGCCUUUCUCUCCAUCCUGUCUUAGACGACACCAGGUACCAUUACAUAUUACAAAAUAAAAUCUGAUGUAUUAUAGCAGAAUAAUAACAAGGCUUACGUGCAGCAGCAUCACUUUUUUCUUACCACAAAGAAAGAAAAAAACA